CUAUUCUUCUUCUUCCUCCUCCUCUUCCUCUUCUUCCUCCUCUUCCUCCUCCUUAUAAUCUUCAUAAAUAAAAACAGUCUGUCGCCCUCUAGUGGAGGUGUUGGCUCAGUGCAACAGGUGGAAACUGUUUUAUUAAAUGAACGGGCAUUGUGUUUGUCCUCUGACAGAAAGAGAUUUAUAACUUCUUUAUUCUUUACAUCCCAAACACCAACAACACUUCCUGUCACGUGUCAACUUCAUGAGAAUAAACUUCCUUCUGACGUCAUAGGCUUCUGAUGCACGUGAAUGAAACAUGAUUAUGAUGAAUAAAGCGUCACUGUCGUGUUGUUGUUGUUGUUGUUGUUGUUGUUGUUGUUGUUGUCCAUCAGCCAUGUUAAAGGUUAAUAUUGUGUUUACUGUUGACAAACGUGUGAAUCCAGUGACUCCGCCCAUGUAAAUGACGUCAGAGCGCAUACUUCGGCUGUGAUAGGCUGCCGGGUGAGUUACAACAUUGCAGAAGAAAGCCGACACUUCCAGCACGGCGCAGUGUUUGUGUGCGAGCUGAAGCCGAGCCGAGCCGAGCUGAACCGAGCCGUGCGGAGACAGAGCAGGGCUGCAGCUCUCAUUCAUCACGUGCAGUCAGACAGUGUACCUUUAAAGCAAAAGAGAAGAAGAAGAAGGAGGCAUGGAGAGGAGGGACGGCUUGUCCUCCGACAGAAACAUCUUAUGUCUGUUUGAUGUGGACGGGACUCUGACAGCUCCCCGAGAGAAAAUCGACCCACAGCUGGACGAGUUUUUCCAGACUCUGAGGAGGAAGGUGAAGAUCGGCAUCGUGGGGGGGUCGGACUACUCCAAGAUAGCAGAGCAGCUCGGGGAGGGGGACGACGUGAUACACAAGUUUGACUACGUGUUUGCAGAGAACGGGACCGUGCAGUACAAAGACGGGAAGCUGCUCUCAAAGCACGCGAUUCAGAACCAGAUCGGGGAGGAGCUUCUGCAGGAGCUCAUCAACUUCUGUCUCAGCUACAUGGGACUCAUCAAGCUGCCGAAGAAAAGGGGGACCUUCAUUGAGUUCAGGAACGGCAUGCUGAACAUCUCUCCCAUUGGUCGGAGCUGCACACGAGAGGAGCGAAUCGAAUUCUCUGAAAUCGACAAGAGGGAGAAGAUCCGGGAGAAGUUUGUUGCUGCUCUGAAGGAGGAGUUCUUUGGGAGAGGUUUACGCUUCACUCGAGGCGGUCUGAUCAGCUUCGACGUGUUCCCUGAAGGCUGGGAUAAGAGACUGUGUCUGGAGCUGCUGCAGAGCGAGGGCCUCCACAACAUCUACUUCUUUGGAAACGAGACGUCAGACGGUGGGAACGACUUUGAAAUAUUCAACGACCCCCGGACAAUCGGUUUCACAGUCUACUCUCCGACAGACACGGCGAGGCUAUGUCGGGAACUUUUCUUUGACGCCCCGCCCCACGAGUCCUGACCCGCCCACAUUUGCCUUAACCCACAAUCCCCCUUGGGCUCUGUGUCUCGGCUGAAGGACUGAAAGAGACUCGAGUCCAGAAUGUUUGUGAACUACUGACAGGUACCACUACUGAUCCUCGUUCUGAUUACUGUAAAUACUGAGCGCCUGAUUCCUCUGUUUGUAUCUAAAUACAAGUUUUAAUUUAAAGGGACAGUCACACAGGUGUCAUCUUAAAGGGACAGUCACACAGGUGUGUCAUCUUAAAGGGACAGUCACACAGGUGUCAUCUUAAAGGGACAGUCACACAGGUGUGUCAUCUUAAAGGGACAGUCACACAGGUGUGUCAUCUUAAAGGGACAGUCACACAGGUGUCAUCUUAAAGGGACAGUCACACAGGUGUGUUAUAAUGAAGGUGUGUGUGAGUAUGAACCUGCAGGGGUAGAAUGUGACAUAAUUUGAACUAAAGCGAGAUAAUCCAACCUGUUUUUGAAGACGUGACUCCACAUGAAGAGUGUGUGACGAUGUUUGCACUGAUGAUGGUGCUGUGAGCUGUAGCACAUGUUUUUAGAGAGACAGGUAACAUGGGGUCACCUGAUGGUUUGAACAGGAAGACGCUCCUGUUCUCCUCUGAGCUGAGGGUGACUGUGAAUCAUUCCAGAUGUUUUAUUGAAAGCUGAAUGACUCCAUGAGUUUCUGUGAACAUGAUUAUAAUUAUGUUAACUUUAAGAAUCAGCUGUGUGGUCUCCUGCAUGUUACAAACUGAGUGCCUCUAUCUUUCAGCUCAUUUGAUUCUUCUCCACUUUAACGGCUGCUCAGAACGACUUCUGGAAAUAACUUUUAACGUGACACUAACAGUCUGUGUCUUUGUGUCUCCUUGAUGCAUCUUUUCUGUAAAUAUGAGACAGACGAGCGUCAGAUCUGGAGCCGCCUGGCAACACUCCUCUGACUGUUAUUAAACUUUAUUGGACUCAUU